AUGAGUAUAACAAGUGAAGAAUUAAACUACCUAAUCUGGAGGUACUGUCAGGAAAUGGGUCAUGAAGUGAGUGCAUUGGCAUUACAGGAUGAAACAAGAGUAUUAGAAUUUGAUGAGAAGUAUAAAGAACACAUUCCCUUGGGCACACUGGUAAAUCUAGUACAGAGAGGGAUACUGUAUACAGAGAGCGAUUUAUUGGUUGACAGUAAAGGUGAUGUCAGCUCUUUAGAUGAACAUCAUCUUUCUGAGAAUUUCAAUUUGGUUCAAGCGUUGCAAGUAGAUAAAGAAAAAUUUCCCGAAAUAUCUUCUGAGGGAAGAUUUGCUCUGCAACACAAUUUUGGGAGUGAUGAUUCCGGUAAGUACGAUGCAAGUGCUUCUUAUAGAGCUGGCCAAGAAACUGGCGUGGCUACUAGUACUACGGGCGCAAAUAAUAGUUUAGAUGGAUUUGUUAAGACAUUGAAGGAGAUCGCGAAAUUAAAUAAAAUUGUUUCCUCCACUUGGAAUCCAUUGGAUGCAUCUAUACUUGCAUAUGGUGAAAGGGAUUCAGUUGCGAAGUUGGCCAAAAUAAUAGAGACUGAUCCGGAGAGAGAGACACAUUGGGAAGUUACAGUCAUAGCCGAACUAAGACAUCCCUUUGCUUUGAGUGCAAGCAGCGGUAAGACCACAAACCAAGUCACAUGCCUUGCUUGGUCGCACGAUGGUAAUUCAAUUGUAACAGGCGUAGAAAACGGUGAACUACGAUUAUGGAAUAAAGUUGGUGCCCUUCAGAACGUUUUAAAUUUCCAUAGAACCCCCAUAGUCUCCAUAAAAUGGAACAAGGAUGGAACACAUUUCAUUUCCAUGGAUGUGGAAAAUGUCACUAUACUUUGGAGUGUUUUGAGCGGCACCGUUAUGCAACAUUUUGAGUUGAAGGAAAGUAGUAGUCAUUCGACCAAUGCUGAGGAUUCGAACAGCAAUAGCGAGGACUCACUUGGUGUCGAUGUCGAAUGGGUGGAUGAUGACAAAUUUGUUAUUCCUGGGCCUAAGGGUGCUAUCUUCGUAUAUCAAAUAACAGAAAAGGCACCUAUCGGUAAAUUAAUAGGACAUCAUGGGUCUAUCAGCGUUUUAAACUUUAAUAACGUCAAUAAACUCCUGCUAAGCGCAUCAGAUGAUGGUACCCUAAGAAUAUGGCAUGGCGGAAACGGAAAUUCUCAAAAUUGCUUCUAUGGGCAUUCGCAAAGCAUAAUAUCGGCGUCAUGGGUGAGCGAUGACAGGGUUAUAUCAUGUUCAAUGGAUGGAUCCGUUCGCCUAUGGUCGUUGAGGGAUAAUAUGCUUUUAGCACUAUCGAUCAUGGAUGGUAUCCCCAUUUUUGUUGGACGACUAUCACAAGAUAAAGAAAAAUACGCAGUCGCGUAUAUGGAUGGACAAGUAAACAUCUACGACUUAAAAAAACUGGGCAGCAAACUACCGAAUCUCAAGCAGCAAUCAAUGUUUAGCAGUAACUGCAGCAGCAUUACAAUUCCACAACCAAUUCCGCUCUACGCUAGCUAUCAAAGUAGUCAAGACAACAAUUACGUGUUUGAUCUGUCGUGGAACCGGACGGGAGACAAGAUUUCCAUAGCGUACUCGCUUGAUGAGGGUUCGAUUGUAGCCAUAUAA